AUGUCCCGCUUCCUCGCUGAGCCAAUUACGACCAAGACUUGCCAGCAGUUCAGAACGCCUGGCAUGUCCAUUGGGAAGGCUAGCAUGCAAGGCUGGCGUGAUACAAUGGAGGACGUUGACAUUGUGGACAUUCCGAUGCAUCCGGAUGUACCGGAUACAAUUUGCGUCGCUGUGUUUGACGGUCACGGUGGAUCGACUGUGUCGGCUUUUAUCGCGGAGCAAAUUGUCGGAGCUAUUACAGCUACCGAGGCAUUCAAGAAGGACUCGAGGUCGCCCGAGUCCCUGGCUGUAGCUCUCUGUGAAGGGUUCAUGGCAGCUGAUGAGAUGCUGAAAACCCACCCGGAGCUCAAGACGUCAUCGGAUGAGACGGGGUCCACGGGUUUGUUUGCUAUUAUCACGCCGAGAGACGUGGUUUGUGCCAACGUGGGCGACUCGCGGUGCAUUUUGAGCAACUCAAAAGCGCUCGAAGUGCUGCAGCUAUCUGUUGAUCACAAGCCCGACCUGGAGUUUGAGAAACAGCGCAUUGUUGCAGCUGGAGGAACGGUCUUCCGGGGACGCGUGUGUGGCGGCGUCGCGGUCUCGCGGAGCUUUGGUGACUUGUGGUUCAAGCGCAAUGCUGAAUUGAAGCCCCACCAGCAGCUGGUGACGUCUGAGCCUUGUGUGCGUGUGCAACGGCGCGACCCAGCAGACGAGUUCCUCGUGCUCUGCUGCGACGGCAUCUAUGACGUUAUGAGCAAUGACCAGCUGCGGAAGUUUAUCCGCAGCAAGCUCAAAAGCGGCAUGAAAGACCCCAAGGAGAUUGCAGAGAUGGUGCUGGACGAAUGUUUGGCCAAAGGCAGUCGUGACAACAUGAGCGCCAUCAUCGUCCUCUUCGACGGCGCUUUCAAAAACUAG